AUGUUGAGCGCCGGGAAGCAAACAUCGACAAAUGGGGGCCAGAUCUCAAACAUUUUGGCUAAAUAUUUCCCUCAAAUUGACUACUCCCAUGGUGACGCCAAGAAGAUGCUGCUACUCACUUCGAAGCUAUAUGAACAAUUUUUCUCUACCCAUGACGGAGCAGACUUCAUUUCCCAGGUAAAGCAAGAAGACACCUUGUUCAUUUUGCCACUUGAUUUCCAGCAUUUCCGGAAAAUAUGUAUGCUCGAAGAAUUUUAUGAUGCUUUAGAAAGAAAACCCAAAGAAGCGCUUUUGUGCAUGAGCGCUGCUGUACACAAGGUCCUUCACUCCAUAUCAAAUGAUGAAGAGUUAGAUGACAAUGCAAAGGUAAACAUACGCCUGCACAACCAUCCCGAAUCUAUGAUUGCUUUGAAGAACCUGAAGGCAGCUUACAUUGAAAGGCUUGUUUCUGUGCGCGGUACUGUAGUAAAAGUUAGCACUGUCAGGCCAUUGGUGGUACAGAUGAGUUUCAUCUGUACCAAGUGUGGAACCACUAUUCCACGUGACUUCCCCGAUGGGAAGUUCUCACCUCCUUCAGUAUGUGUAAUACAUGGAUGCAAAAGCAGAACUUUUAACCCAAUCAGAUCCAGUGCACGGCCAAUUGACUUCCAGAAAAUAAGAAUUCAAGAGUUGCUGAAAUCUGAACAUCAUGAAGAAGGCCGGGUGCCUAGAACAGUGGAAUGUGAAUUGAUUGAAGAUCUCGUAGACCUUUGCAUCCCUGGAGAUGUUGUGACCGUUGCUGGUAUAAUAAGGGUGAUUAACAAUUACAUGGACGUAGGAGGAGGAAAAUCAAAGGGCAGGAAUCAAGGAUUAUAUUACUUGUAUCUUGAAGGAGUGUCGGUCAAAAACUCCAAGUCACAGUCUGUGCCUGAGAUUUUGCAAGACACGAAAUCAGUGGCUAAAGCUACGGACUUGCUGGAUUUAUAUUCUUUCAGUCAACGAGACUUGGAAUUUAUUUGUAAAUUUUCUUCAGAGCAUGGUUCAGAUGUCUUCCGUCAAAUACUGCAAUCAGUUUGCCCAUCCAUCUAUGGACAUGAACUUGUUAAAGCUGGAAUCACAUUGGCACUGUUUGGAGGUGUAAGAAAGCAUUCAAUGGAUCAGAAUAAGGUUCCUGUCAGAGGAGAUAUUCAUGUGAUAAUCGUUGGUGAUCCUGGACUAGGGAAGAGUCAACUGCUGCAAGCAGCAGCUUCAGUUUCACCACGAGGUAUAUAUGUUUGUGGGAAUGCCACAACAAAUGCUGGGCUAACUGUUGCCGUGGUAAAGGAUUCAGUGACUGGUGACUAUGCUUUUGAGGCUGGUGCUAUGGUACUUGCUGAUAGGGGAUUGUGCUGUAUCGAUGAAUUUGAUAAAAUGACCGCAGAACACCAGGCUCUACUCGAAGCAAUGGAGCAACAGUGUGUUUCAGUUGCGAAGGCAGGACUGGUAGCAAGUUUAUCUGCUCAAACAACUGUUCUAGCAGCAGCAAACCCUGUUGGUGGCCAUUACAACCGGGCAAAAACUGUGAAUGAGAACUUGAAAAUCAAUGCUGCUCUUCUAUCACGAUUUGAUUUAGUUUUCAUAUUGCUUGACAAGCCUGAUGAGCUACUUGACAAACGAGUUUCGGAUCACAUUAUGUCACUGCAUGUUGGCAAUGGGGAUCAUUCACAACCUGUUAAGAAACUUACAGCAUCUCAAAUUAUCAGUGGCACAAACCUGGAUGUAAAGAGUGGUUCAGUAGUCUCAAGGUUGAGACUUGAUCCCAGGAAGGACGUUGAUUUUGUUCCAUUGCCUGCUCCUCUUCUUCGUAAAUAUAUCGCAUAUGCAAGAACUUAUGUCUUUCCAAGGAUGUCAAGACCAGCGGCUAAAAUCCUGCAGGAGUUUUACCUAAAACUCAGAGACCGUAACACAUCUGCUGACGGCACACCAAUAACAGCAAGGCAAUUAGAAAGUCUAGUAAGGUUGGCACAGGCUCGAGCUAGGGUGGAGUUGAGGGAAGAAAUAACUGUUGAAGAUGCUGAGGAUGUUGUUGAAAUAAUGAAGGAAUCCCUGUAUGAUAAGUAUGUCGAUGAGCAUGGUUUUGUAGAUUUUGAUCGGAGUGGUGGGAUGAGUAAUCUUAAAGAAGGCAAGCGAUUAUUAAGUGCACUGAUCAAGCAAUCAGAGUUGGAACAGAAAGACUGCUUUUCUAUAUCGGAAAUAUUCAGUUUGGCUGAUAAGAUUUGCUUAAGAGUUCCGGAUGUUGACAUGCUUGUGGAUAAUUUAAACGUUGCUGGCUGUCUACUUAAAAAAGGGCCAAAAUUUCAGGUGCAAUCUUCAUCUUAUUUCCGAAGUCAAUCAUCGAGGUCAAGGGGAUAA